UAAUUAUGCUGCAAUGCUACAGCUAACACUCUAAUUAACCAACCGAAUACUUCUUAUUUCCGUAGUAACUAAGGAAACCUGAACCAAAAUUCAUUCAAAUCAUUUACUCCAAAACCCCAACAGCAAGCCAAAACCAAGAAUAAUUGCCUAAACUCUCAACAAAUUUAUUUCCUUCAACCUUCCUUUUUGCGAUGAAUAAGUCGCAGUAUAUGGAUAAGCAGAUAAUGGAUUUGACAUCGUCCCAGAUUGGCACUAGCGCCAACAAAGACAAGGACAAAGACUUCAUCGAUCUAAUGAACAAUCCGCAGCACGAGGAGGAAGAUCAUGAUUUCAAUAAUGGGAUUGGGAUUGGGAUUAAGAAAGAAGAGAUCGUACCCAGUUACGAUUUUCAGCCGAUUCGUGGCGGAUUGUCUCAAUCGCUUAAUUUUGAUUCUGCCUCUACUGCUAGGGUUUGGAAUUCUGCUGAUAAUAAACCUAAAUCUCCUAUCAGAAAUUAUAGCUCUCUCGAAUCAGCUGAACCUGCAAAAGUCAUUUUGGAGAAGGACCGUAAUUCUUCAGAUGGUACUAUAGUGUCAGAGAUUGAUCGAACGGUGAAGAAGUAUGUUGAUGAUAUACUGCAUGUACUAGAGGGUGUCAGUGCACGAAUAACUCAGUUGGAGACAAGAACCCGCAACCUUGAGAAUUCUAUUGAUGAUUUGAAGGUAUCUGUUGGAAACAAUCAUGGAAGCACUGAUGGAAAAAUGAGGCUGAUGGAAAAUAUUCUGAGAGAGGUACAAUCAGGGGUCCUGGUUUUGAAGGAUAAGCAAGAAAUAGCGGAGGCUCAGCUACAGUUUUCAAAGCUGCAAGUGUCAAAGGUAGAUCAGCAGUCAGAAAGCCAGAGCACUGGUCAUAUAGAUGCUGCGCAGCAAGUAGCAUCUGCUCCCUUGCAAUCUCACCUACAGCCUCCUCCUCCUCCCAUUACUUUUCCACAGUCAGUUCCUCCUCCUCCUCCCACUGUUGUUCCUCCUCCACCUGCCCCCCAAAAGAAUGUGCAACCUCCAGUUCAGCUCCCAAGUCAGUUCCCUCCAAGCCAGAUUCCUUCAGUUCCUCAGCGAGAAACUUAUUUUCCACCCCAGGGUCAAACUCAAGAUGCGCCAAAUCAACAAUACCAAGUUCCUCCAACUCAGCUGCAACACCCUCCUGCAGCAGCACCACAUCAACCAUAUCAACCUCCACCACAACCACAGUACUCUCAGCCACCCCACCCCCCUCAACUUCAAUCUUCACUAGGCCACCUUUCUGAAGAGACAACUUACAUUCCUCCUCAGAACUAUGCACCGAACCUUCGCCAGCCUCCUUCUCAGCCACCAAGUUCCCCUCCCUCCCAGCAGUAUUAUGGGGCUCCUCCUCCUCCUCCUUCCCAUAUGUAUGAGCCACCAUCCAGCAGAUCCAGUUCUGGGUUUCCUACAGGUUAUGGGCCACAAUCUGGGCCUAGUGAACCAUACCCCUAUGGUGGACCACCUUCUCAGUACGGUAGUGGUUCCACAAUGAAACCACAACAGCUCCCUACUGCCACACCACAGAGUGGUGGCAGUGGCUAUCCUCAGCUCCCAACUGCUCGUGUGUUACCACAUGCACUUCCUACUGCUUCUGGGGUUAGUGGUGGCUCAGCUUCUCCAGGAACUGGAAAUAGGGUUCCUGUGGAUGAUGUGGUUGACAAAGUGACAAGUAUGGGAUUCCCCAGAGACCAUGUUAGAGCAACAGUUCGCAAGCUGACAGAGAACGGUCAGUCAGUUGACUUGAACAUAGUGCUGGAUAAGCUAAUGAAUGGUGGGGAAGUCCAACCUCAGAGAGGUUGGUUUGGUGGGUAGCAUGGUAUCCUUUAUUCAUACUGAUGUAUAGAGUUACUACUUUCUGGAUGAUUUGCUGAGAAGAACUGUUGCAUGGAAUUUGGGGUUCUCUACCCUUUGGAUUUCUCGGUUGCUUUUAUUUCGAUUUUUUUUUUGUUUGGUCACUUUGGAGCUGUUUAUCUUGCUGAUCAGACUUUGGUUUGCGUAAGCCUUUCUUCAUUCCAUUUGUGUAUACUAACAAUAAUUUGAAGUGCAUUAUUCUCAUUUAAUUGUAAACUGUGAUCUACUGGUAGAGUAACAGGAUAAGAUUUAGCUCUUUGAAA